AUUUGGAACCAGCAAUUAGCAAGCAGCGUGCAAAUCACAUUCUCAACUAAGAGCGAGAGAGAUGGGAAGGCAAGCCAUAACUAAGUUGAUGGCUUCGAUCGCGUCGCGCCGCCACUUCAUCCGCCACUUCUCGGCGGCGACGCCGGCGGUGUUCGUCGACAAGAGCACUCGCGUCAUCUGCCAAGGCAUCACCGGCAAAAACGGCACCUUCCACACCGAACAAGCCAUCGAAUACGGCACCAACAUGGUUGGUGGUGUGACUCCUAAGAAAGGUGGAACCGAACAUUUAGGUCUUCCAGUUUUCAACACCGUUGCGGAAGCGAAGGCUGAAACCAAAGCCAAUGCUUCCGUCAUCUACGUUCCUCCGCCAUUUGCUGCUGCCGCCAUCAUGGAGGCUAUGGAGGCUGAAUUGGAUCUCGUUGUUUGCAUCACUGAGGGAAUUCCUCAGCAUGAUAUGGUACGGGUUAAAGCGGCACUUAACAGGCAGUCCAAAACUCGGCUGAUAGGACCAAACUGCCCUGGUAUUAUCAAGCCUGGGGAAUGUAAAAUUGGAAUCAUGCCGGGUUAUAUUCACAAACCUGGUCGCAUAGGAAUUGUUUCUCGUUCUGGUACCUUGACAUAUGAAGCGGUUUUCCAAACAACUGCUGUUGGCCUUGGACAAUCCACUUGUGUGGGUAUAGGAGGAGAUCCCUUUAAUGGAACAAAUUUUGUUGAUUGCCUUCAGAAGUUCCUGGCAGAUCCUCAGACAGAAGGUAUCAUUCUUAUAGGAGAGAUAGGAGGUACUGCAGAAGAGGAUGCUGCUGCACUAAUUAAGGAAAGUGGGACUGAGAAACCUGUUGUUGCAUUUAUUGCUGGAUUAACUGCUCCUCCUGGCCGUCGUAUGGGUCAUGCUGGAGCUAUUGUGUCGGGUGGCAAAGGUACUGCACAAGACAAAAUUAAUACCCUCAGGGAAGCUGGGGUAACAGUUGUGGAGUCCCCUGCCAAAAUUGGAGCUGCCAUGCUUGAUGUUUUCAAGCAGAGGGGCUUGGUGCAAUAGUUUGGGUUCAUUUAACUUCAUCAAAUCAUUUUGGUUUCGAUUAUUUAUAACAUGUUCACAACACUUGAUUCCCAUUGAUAAUGAUGGGCCUUUUUUCUUUUUCAAAUUUACGAGAGGUGCAUUAAAAUAAAAGUAAUUCGAGAUGCUUUAUAUAUACGGGAAAGUUUGAUAGAGCCCCUUUGAACUUAAGUUUUUGUGGCGCCGGUUUGUUAACAGAUCCUUUGCAGUGAAUUUCCAACAACUUCAAGUAGCCAUAACUCCAAACGUGUCUGCGAGUUUGGUCAGUUAUGUUAUCCUAUGAUAACAUGUUCGUUCUGGAUAGCUCUGGGAAUUUUUGUGGUAGCAUUAUUUGUUAUGAAGAUGCUUUCUUUUUUUUCUUUUUUUAAUAUUGACACUAGAAGGUAUUUGAUAGACGUGAACA